AUGGAAGGGGAUAAUGAAGGGACAAGUAAGGUGAGAAGGAAAAAAAAACUGCCUCGGUUUAAGCAGUAUAGAAGGGCGGUGGACUUAAAGAAUCCUGAGUUUCGGCUUGGGAUGCAAUUUGAAAACAGACAGGUUCUUACGGAGGCACUCAGGGAAUAUUCCAUUAUUCAUGGAAGGAAACUGUUCUUUGAAAAAAAUGACAAGACGAGAGUAAAGGCAAUUUGCAACGGAGGAUUAAAAUAUCCAUUUGUGGUUUAUGCUUCACAGAUUGGAAAGAAUGUGCAAACAUUUGUAAUUAAGAAGUUGAGCUUAGAACACACAUGUGGAAGGGUGGAGAAACUGAAGUCUGCUAAUCCCAAAUGGAUUUGUGAAAUAUUUUCUAGCAAGAUUAAGAGAAACACAUAUUGGAAUCUCAAAGCUUUUCAAGGAGAAGUUUUGGAGUCCUAUCAUGUGAGGGUGUCCAAAACUCAAGUGUAUAGGGUAAAGAAAUUGGCUAAAGCACAAAUUGAAGGAAACUACAUACAGCAAUAUGCACGGUUGUGGGACUAUGCAGAGCAGUUGAAGAAAACCAACAAAGGUAGUAAAGUGAAAAUUAAGUGUGAUAUGGUUGGGGGUGAAGCAAUAUUUCAAAGGAUUUAUGUGUGUUUGGCUGCUUGUAAAAAAGGGUUUUUAGAAGGGUGCAGGCCUGUAAUUGGGGUUGAUGCUUGCCCUUUGAAAGGUCCUUAUCCUGGCCAAAUAUUGACUGCUGUAGGAGUUGAUGGUAAUAAUGGUCUUUUCCCAAUUGCAUAUGCUGUGGCUAAGAUUGAAAACAAAGACUCUUGGAUUUGGUUUCUGUCUUUGUUGAUUGAAGAUUUAGCUGCCAGAGCCACUACUAUUCCUUGGUGGGAAGCAGAAAUGGACAAGAUGAAGGAAGAGGAGUUGGAAGCUUGGAAAUGGUUGGUGCAGAGACCACCCAAUAAUUGGACCAGAUCUCAUUUUCAUACAAGGUAUAAGUGUGAUCUUCUACUGAACAACCUUUGUGAGAGCUUUAAUGUAGCUAUAAUUGAUGCCAGAGAUAAUUCCAUUUUGACAUGUUUGGAAAGUAUUCGAAUGUAUGUGAUGCUUAGGAUGACUAUUCGAAGGGCUGCUUGUGGUAAAUGGAAACACCCUGUUAGCCCAAGGAUAUUCAAAAUAAUUGAGAAGAACAAGAUGGGAGCUUCUCAAUGCAUUCCUAGAUUGGCUGGGGAUAAAAUGUAUCAAGUCAGUCACAUGUAUGGUGGGGAGUUUGUUAUAGAUCUUGCAGCAAUGUCUUGUAGUUGUAGGAGAUGGGAUUUAUGUGGCAUACCCUGUGCACAUGCUAUUUCAGCUAUAUUCCACAGAGAUGAAAACCCUGUUGAAUAUGUACAUGAGUGUUAUAAGCCAGAGACAUACAUGAGGUCAUAUCAACCAAUAGUUCACCCCAUCCCUUCUAUGGAUCAGUGGGUUAAGGGUGGCUUGCCUCCAAUUGGACCUCCAUUUCAUAAGCGUCAACCAGGAAGACCCAAGAGAGUGAGGACAAAUGAGGCUGCUGAGGUUCAAUUACUAGCCCCAAAUCCACUAAACCCUUUGCCUCCAGGUUACACUGCUCCAGCAGCAAAACUUAGAAGACUCUUCAUUAAAAUUAGAUGUGGAGCAUGUGGAAAAGAAGGCCACAAUCGAAGAGGAUGGGGAAGACAGGUUGUGCAGGCUGAGGCAGCCCAAAAUGGGAAUGUUGGCCAAAAUGAAGUUCAAGCAGCUGACAAUGGAAAUGCAGGCCAAAAUGAUAUUGCCCCAGCCCAAACUGAGACUGCCCCAACCCAAACUGAAACUAAUGCUGCCCCAACUCAAACUGACACUGCCCCAGCCCAAAUUGAAGUUAUUAGGCGCAUAGGAAGAGGAGGAGGAAGAGGAAGAGGCUUAUGGAAUCCAGCUGCAAGGAUGUCAUAUUCACAACCAGUGGUAAGGGAUAUCAAUCAAGGAAGGGCCAAUCUGCCAAUGACAUACUCACAACAAGUGCCCUUGCAACCAUCAUCCUCUUCACUUGGUAUACACUCCACAACCCAUAGAGGAAGAUUCAAGCACAGUGUCAAAAGAGGAGGACAAGUAUAG